GUCAGCUGAGCGUCAGUGUGCUUUUGCCUUACAGUCAAGUGAUCGUAUCGUAUUGUUGUAAGUGAAAAUGCUUGUCGAAAGUUAAGUGACAAUUGAUGAAAUUAGUCUAAAUAAAGUGAAUCGCGAAUAAAUAAAUGUGGCGAUACAUUAAAUCUUCAUUAUUAGUGAACAAGGAACUGAUUUAAUAUGGAAGAUAAGCCUGUGAAGCCAUGUAAAGAGAAGCGAAGGAACAAUGAGAAGCGUAAGGAAAAAUCCCGGAAUGCUGCACGAUACCGCAGAUCACGGGAGACCGAGAUUUUCACUGAGCUGGCGGAAUGUUUGCCUCUUGCUAAAGAGGACACGGACCAUCUUGACAAGACCUCAAUAAUGCGACUGACAAUCUCGUAUUUGCGAAUCCGAGCUGCCGUACCUCAAAUUGUUCCAGAAGAGGAUAUUUGCUCAACCUCAUUAUCGAAUAAGGACAAUGAAAACUUCUUAUUACAGGCGCUUGGAGGAUUUUUGAUCAUGAUCUCACCUGAAAACGAUAUCGUAUACGUAUCAAGCAAUGUCAACGAAUAUCUUGGAAUUACUCAGAUCGAUUUAAUGGGUCAAAGUAUGUUCGACUUCAGUCAUCCUUGUGAUCAUAAUGAAAUUAAAGAAGCCACUUCCACCAAACUCAAGCCAACAAAAGAUGUAUACUCACUUUUCUUAAGGUUAAAAUGCACGUUAACGAGUAAAGGAAGGAAUGUUAAUAUUAAAUCGGCCACGUAUAAGGUAAUUCACUGCACGGGCCAUAUUUUACAAGAAAACGACAAUGAAUGCAAAGACAACAAGAAACUUGCAGGGUGUUUUCUAGCAGUAGCAAGACCUAUUCCACAUCCAUCGAAUAUUGAAAUUCCUUUAGACUCGAAAACUUUUCUUACUAAACAUAAUAUGAAAUUGAGGUUUACCUAUGUCGAUGACAAAAUGAAGGAGUUACUGGGCUACGAAUCGGAAGAUUUGUUGGAUAGUUCAGUAUUCGAAUGUCAUCAUGCCGAAGACUCUCAGAACUUGGUUUCAAGUUUUAAAUACUUGAUCUCCAAAGGCCAGAGCGAAACUCCGCAAUAUAGGUUUCUGUGCCGCGAUGGGGGCUACGCCUGGGUGGUUACUCAGAACACAAUUAUAUACGAUAAACUAAUGAAGCCACAAAGCAUUGUCAGCGUACACUAUCUCAUAAGCGGAGUUUUGCACCGAGACGAGAUCUUCAGCAGUUCUCAAUUAGCAGCUAGCGAGAAGACGAAAUCCGUGGUGAAGGUCGAAUGUUCUUCGACCACCAGCGACACCAACAAUAACCUGAAUGAUUUAAAUUCCCAACCAGUUACUGAAAAUUAUCCAGUGUUUCCAUCGAUUACUCCUUUGCCGCCCUGCGUUCCAACAUCGGUCACUGCAGAUAUCUUCAGUGUUCUGUCCGAUGCUGAAGCCAUACCCUUGCGCACCGAAACGGCCACUGCUAAGAUCUUCGCGCCGCGUACGAAAGAAAUGAACACAGGAUUUCUUACGUUUGAUGAUGAAGUGGGAAAGACAGUACUCAAAGAAGAGCCAGAGGAUUUGACCCAUUUGGCCCCAACUGCCGGAGAUGUCUGCAUACCCCUGCAGCCUCCUAUAGAUGCAGGAAGUGGCUACACGGUAGCCGAUGCCUUUGAUGAGUUUGUAUUAGCGACGGAUACAGAAACAUAUCUUAUGGCAUCAGCAGAAGUCGAUAACAACCUGAAUUGCAGCUCAUCAUCCGAUGAUCAUUUAUUGGACUAUCGCGAUAAUAAUAGUUCUGAUAAAUUUUGCUUUGAACCUUUGUCACCCAGCUUGUCAUCGAGUUCAUUAAAGAGGGGUGGUAGUAUGCCUCCACUAUGCAGUCCCGGAACGUCUUCACUUCUAGUGGAUGACGGAGGAGGUGGAGACGGAGGAGGCUCCACAUUUAAUUCCAACACUCUGGAAAAUGAUUUCACUUCCACACCAGACAGUUUACUGUCGGGAGAUUUGGACAUUCGAGCUCCAUACAUUCCAAUGAACGGAAUUGACGAUCUGCCGUUACUCAUGUCGGAAGAUUUGAUGUGGGGAGCUCUGCCUGAUCAUGUGGAUUUACAUAAGGAUAUACAUACGACGAGAAAGCAUGAAAAUCAUGUAAAUAUUGUGCCAAGUGUGUCGCCAGUACCACUAGAGCUAGUAGAGGAGGCAUCGGCUUUAGCACAAUUACUCAGUGCUGAUUCGACGGAUUUGUUUGGUUCUACAAAGAGUUCUUCCUGGGGCUUGAAACUGGACAAAGUGAUGGAUUUGCAAAUAGAAGCAGCUAUGACAACAGCUCCGACCACAGCUCCGACGACAGUUGCGACGACCGGGACAGAAAUCGCACAUUUAGAGAAACUGCCUUCCAAACGACCAAGCAGUCAGAGUUUGCGCAACAUAAGCAAACGCGCGCGAAACUCCGAACGUCACACGACCGCGUAUCAGUCGAAUAAACGUAUACCUAUAGUAUUAAACGGCAAAAACCCAAUUAACACAUUUCAGCAAUCCUCUUUAGAAGAUACACUAUCUGAUUUCGAUUGCACUCCGGAAAACUACUCGAUCUCUUCCCGGCGGAACGCCAACGCGAAUGUCAACUCGACGCCGCCUCAGGUUAUGAAACAAACGUCGGAUUCCGUUCUGAUGAAUUUAUUGGUGAGUGGAUGCGAUGUAAGUGCCGGGUAUCUUUGUAUUUUACCUCAUAACACACUAAGAUUGGAGAAGAUCUAAUGUAUAACAUUUUUGAUAUUUUUAUUUAUAAAGUAACUGCAUAAAACCUUUUGUGUUUAGUUAGUAUAUAAAUCGAAGAUUCCUGUUUUUAAGUUUUUAACUUAAACACUUGUCGCGUUCAGUACAUCCACAUGUUGACCUUCUAUUGAAGUUGAAACAUGUGCAUAUGAUAUGUGUUGAUCGCAAUUUGUUAACUUUUAUGUUUAAUAGAGAAAAAUAGUUUUUAUAAGUCUUUAUAAUAAAUAUUUGU